GAAAUUAACAAAUGGUUUCACCCGUUUAAGCAAUAUGUUGAGGCUCUUCGUUUUAUCCCUGUCCAUAGCCAUAGUGUGGGGACACGCCGCACUUUAUGAACCGCCCGGAAGAUCUUCCGCGUGGAGAUUUGGAUUUAAAACCCCAAGAAAUGACGAUGAUGCUGAAAUUUAUUGCGGAGGGAUAACAAAACUAUGGAGAACCCACAAAGGUAAAUGCGGCAUUUGUGGAGAUGCCUGGGACUUGAAAGAACCAAGGCCAAAUGAAGAUGGUGGUAAAUAUGGUAAAGGAGUCGUAGUGAGGACAUACAAAUCAGGCCAAGAAAUCGACGUCAGGAUAUUUAUUGUCGCCAAUCAUGAAGGCUAUUUUGAAUUCAAACUCUGCCCCGAGCAAGAUGGCGUUAGGGCUGACCAAGCAUGCUUAGAUAAACAUCCUAUAGCUAUGGCUGAUGGUUCGGGUUACCGUUAUACUUUGCCUGGAAAUAAAAAGGGCAAUCUGGAUCUGAAAUUGAAAUUGCCAGAUGGUUUCACGUGUGAAAGAUGCGUUUUACAAUUUCACUGGAAAUGCGCCAAUAACUGGGGAAUUUGUGAAGAUGGCAAAGGACGAAUGGGUUGCGGACCUCAAGAAUAUUUCCGAGGAUGUGCUGAUGUAAAAAUUGUGUAAUUUAGUUUGGAAUUAAAAAAAAAUAAAAUAUAUGAAUUUUUUA